UUGACCGCGCGCGCCCGCUUGAGCAAAUAUCAUUGUUUACUUAUUCUUAUUCGCAAUCUACCGACUUUGAAAGGUAUAAAAGAAAAAAACACAACGCUUGCAGCAGUGAUGAAGUUACUGUGGUUGUUGUUAGUUGUUGCGGUGGCCGCUCAGCUCGAUGACACCAUCGAGGAAGAGGAGCUGGAAGACCCUUACAAUGAAGAAGAUUAUGAGCAUUCUAGAGACAAAAGAAACAUAGAUGACGAACAUUCUAGAACCAGACGAGAUAUAGAAGAUGAUGAUCCUUAUGAAGAGAUUUAUAGGACGCGGCGGGAUAUUCAUGGACCGUUUGAAGACCAUUCUAGAGCCGGGCGUGAGAUAAAUGGCGAUUAUGAAGAGAAUUAUAGGACACGUCGACAUGUGCAGGAAGGUCCGUUUGAAGAGCAUAUACGAGUGAAGAGAUGCACAUACGAAGAUGUCCCGUUAAGCCGCGUCCGUCGCUCAUUAAGAACUCCUCGCCAAGUCCAUCAAUAUGAGGUCCAUGAGUUUACAGAUGGGGAAAGUUAUCCAUCACCUCCUUAUGAAGAAAUGCUAGCGGCUAGCGCCGAGCAUUAUCAUAAAGUAUACGCAGCUCCAAAUACGAGGCCAGAUAGCUCCAGUGGUUUCAAGCACGAUCACCACGUAGACAAAGGUGCUAAGGGCUUCAAAACGGAUGAGCUGCAUCGUAAAGAAUAUGAGGAAGCAGAAGGAAAGAAGAAGAAACACCAUGAUAAAGCAGACCAUAAGGGCAGCCAUGAGGAACAGGCUCAUGGGCAUAAGGGGUCUAAGUUCGAUGAGAAGAAGGGGCAUAAGAAGGGACACAAAACGAAAGGCUACCACAACAAAUAUCACAAAGACGAGUUCCACAAAGAGCACAAGUUCUACGAUGACUACCACAAGAGCGGGGAACACCAUCGAUACGGCAAAUUCAACGCGAAACACGCCAGCAAUGAGAGCGGGAAGAAGAAGGCACAUCAUGUUAAUGCUGGACAUGACUUCGUUGAGAGAGGGAAGAAGGGAUACAGCAACAAGGGCCAUCUGGACGCGGACCACAAAGGGUACAACGGCAAGCAAGGCCACGAGGAACACCACGAGAAGCACUCCUCACACGGCAAGAAAGGGGGCAAAGAGGGGGGCUCGCACUGGAAACAUGUCAAGAACUAACUACAAUGAUGUGCAAGGUACGGAAAGUCUCCUAAAA